AUGGCCGACAAUGCCGAGUCCGACGCAGCGGCCAUCAGGGCUCAGGUGGAGAGGGAACAUGCGUUGGCGGAUGCACAAAAGAGGCUGAAGGUUCUGGAGAAGGAGGUGAAGCGCGUCAAGGAGGAGAAGCGGGGUGUUGAGAGUGAGCGGGAUGGAGCGGUCCAGGCUACGAAUCAGCUGCGAACCCAGCUAUCUGUACUGCAGUCGAGUCACCAUCAGUCAAAUUCGGAAUUGACCGUUCUGCAGACGCGCAUGCAGAUUGUCGAACGGGAGAAGAAGGAGCUGUAUGAAGAAGCAGAAAGAUUACAGGAAAGGUCGACAAGGGGAAACCAGGAGCUACAUACCCUUCGUGCGCAAAAGAGCGACACGGCGCAGAAGAUCGCUCAUCUAGACGUCGAGGUGGCCGAGCAGCGUAUGGCGGCUGAGUCUGCCAAGUUCAACGAAGAACGCAGCAAGCAGGCGCUUGAAGCGGCUCGAACAGAGAACCUGCGGAUCGGAAAAGCGUAUACCGACCUCGAUGAACGAUUCGGCUCGUAUCGAGCCAACAAGAACCACGAGUUCUCCAAGCUUCAAACCGACUACGACAUCCUCCUCUCCCGCCUAACCACCGCCGAAUCCUCGUACGAAGCCCUGCAGCGGUCAUACAAUGACCAGGCGAACCGCCUCGCCUCGGCAUUUGCGGACAUCUCCAACCUGACCUCUUCCGCCGCCUCGCGAAAAGCCGCGUCCCAGUCCGAAUCGUACCGGCUCGCAGAUGAGAAUCGGGUGCUCGAGCGCCGGGCCGAAGAAGCAAGAGCUACGAUCGCUGAGCGCGAGGCGGAGCUGGAACGGCUUGUGGGCACGCACGAGGUGGAGCGGAGAGACUGGGACGCCAAGUGGAAGGGGGAGGAACGGAGGCGGCGGGAGGCGGAUAAGCGGGCGGAAGAGCUCAAGGCGGUGGUGGAUCGGAUAGCACUCGCCGGGGGUGAAGGGACAGAUCUGAGUCCUGCGGCUACUUUGGCGGGCGAGAUGAGGGGGAGCGGGAAGAGCUAUACACAGUUCUUUACGGAGUAUACGGUGCAGGAGGGGAGACUCCGGUCGGCGGAGAAUGAGAUUAUGCGCCUUACCGAGUUGUUGGAUGAGAUUGGGAAUGAUAUAGCCGAGAAGAAACCCCUCCUGGACGAACAAGCGGCCGAGCACGCCGCAGCUAUCGACCGCGCUAACGCCCUCGCCGCGGAACUCUCCACGGUCAUGACCACACGAGACGGCCUGCAGGAGGUCCUCAGAUCCAUGAAGGCUGCCGCAGCCCAUCACACCGAGGACAUUGCAGCUCUGCAGAGCACGGCCGACGAUCUCGCUCGGCAGGUCCAGAACCUCAUCCGUCAACUCGCCAUCCGGGACGACCCCUCCCUCGUCAAUGUCGAGAUCAACGGCGGGGCGGUCGACGAGACGGGCGAUAUCAUCACCGACCAUCUGCUCGAGUUCCGAUCCCUCCGCGGUCUGCAGGAGAACAACCAACGUCUCCUCAAGCUCACCCGAGCGCUCUCUGCCCGUCUUGGCGAGCGGGAGAUCCGGCGCGCGACGGCCGAAGAGGAGGAUGUGGACACUGGUGCGACACUCGACCAAGCCACGGAAACGAUCGAGCGGCUACACAAGCAGCUCCUCGAGGCCAACAAGAAGAUCAAUGAGGCGACGCGUGAGCGCGACUUUUUCUCCAAGUUGCUCGCGAGGGGAGAGGGGCUCAAGUGGGGUGUGGGUGGAUCAAGUCCGACGUCGGGACCCCUGGAUGAUGAAGGGCCGGCACCGCAUCAGCAGACGAUCGAGAUGCUGCGUGGAGAGAUUGAGGGGGUUCGCGUCAAGGCCGAGGAGGAGGUCAGGGGUUUGAAGGUGGAGUUGAGGAAUAAGGAGGAGGCGGUUGGAUCUGCGGAGGUGGCCAAGGCACGGGCGGAGGCCAAGGUGCAGAUGCUUGAGGAGCAAAGCAGGAGCUUGUCUGACGCCAACAAUCUGCAGAAGCAGCGUGGGGCGGGACUCGAGUCCCAGAUCGCGCAGAUACAAGCUUCGAUCGGCUCGGCGCAGAACGAGGCGAGGAUGGCUCAAGAGCAAGUCGCGCUCCGUCAGGCCGAGGCGGACAGGUUGAGGAUGGACGUGGCUAUCCUUCGAGCGGAGAAAGAGCAGUGGGCGAGCACCGAAGCUCGGCUCCAGUCCGACUUCCGCUCGGUCCAGAGCGAACGGACCAAGCUUCAAUCGCUCAUCGACAAUUACACGAACGUGUCGGCUGAAAGCGAGCGGUCGAGGUCGGAAGAGCGCAAGAAGCUGGAGAAGCGGAUCGACGAGCUUACGAAGGAGACUACUGCCCUUCGGACGCAGAUCGAGCAAAUUCGUCAGGCCACGCGGACCGCCGAGGAGAAGGUCGCGAGCGCCGACUCUGCUCUCGAGGCUGCGGUCUCUGCCGUCCGUAAGGAGAAGGAAACCGCCGAGGCUCUUGCCGCUACCCGCCAAAAGCAAAUCACCGACCUCGAGGCCGAGCUGGAAAAGUCUCGCGAGAGCGACAUGGCCAACAUCCGAACCUCAAACAACUUUAAGCAGCGAUGGGAAUUCCGAGGGAACGAGAUUGCUGCGGCGCGUGUCAAGCUGGCCGAAAUCGUCGCAGCGAAGGACAAGGAGAUUGGCGAGAUCAAGGGCAAGGUGACGGAUGCGGACAAGUCGUUGAUGGAGACGAGGCGGAAGAUGGGCGAGGUGGAGAAGAAGCUGGCGGAUGUGACGCGGUCAGAGGCGCUCAAGGAGGGGACGGUGCAGAGGUUGCAGAGGGAGUUGACGGCUGCGAGGUCGGCAGGCGCGAGUCCGGCGAAUGGUGCUGCGAUGGUAGGUCUGGCUGCACUGCAGGCUUCUGGUUAUGAGGAUAAUAUUGACAUACAGGCGACGCUGCAGAAAGAGAAGGAGACACUGCAGAGCAGGGUCGAGCAGUUGGAGAAGGAUCUCGAGGCUGCUAAAGCUGCGACACCGGCUCCAGCUUCUGGGGAUGCGACCGCCGAGUCGGCAGAUCUUCAGGCCAAGUACGACGAGGUUACCAAAAGGCUGGAAGGUUACGAUGCAAGAUACGAGGACGGCGUCUUGAAGGUGAAUCGCAUCAACGUUUCUCUCAAAAGUCGUAUCGCCGCCCUCGAGAUCGAAAAGUCCGACGCUGUCGCUAAGAUCACUGAGCUCGAGGGCAAGAUCGCGGAGCUCGAGGGGAAGAUUACGGAGCUCGGCAACGCCAGCAAUGCGGCCGCGAUCGAGACGGAAAGCGUUCCGGACGAGGCGACCAGUGGUGUCGUGGACCAGGCCAAGAUCGACGAAGCGGUCCAAGCUGCUGUCGCUGCGAAGCAGGCCGAGCUUGACGCGGCGCUCGAAGCUGCCAAAGCUUCAGCGCCUUCAGCGCCCAUCGGGGACAAUUCGUCGGUCGACAACUCGGCGGCCAUCGACGCUGCGGUCAAGGCCAAAGAGGACGAAUUGGAAUCCACCAUCGAGGCUCGGGUCGACGAAGCGCUCGCCAAGCAAAAGACUGAACUGGAGGCGGAGCAGACCAAGCUCAAGGGGGAGGCGGCGGCUUUAGAGGCCAAGAUCAAGGCGCUGGAGCGACAGGGAAGGACGGCGGAGAUGACACGAAAGACGCUGGAGAGGCAGAAGGAUGCGGCCGAGACCAAGGUGAAGGCCUACGAGGAGCAGGCGAAGGAGGAGGGUAAGGCACUGUCAGGGGACGCACCGGCAUUCACACCCUCGUCGACCGCUAUUCCGCCUGAGGCUGCGGGUCUCGCGCCUGUCCCGUCCGGACCGUCGAAUCCUACCCCUCCUGCCGGUACACCGAUACCUUCGAGUACGCUCGUAGGAGCCGCACCCUCCAUUCGCGGGAAUGCUGCCAGAGGUCGGCCAGCAGUAGUACGUGGAGCGGCCAGAGGGGGUGGACCAGGAAGAGGUGUUCUUGCCGCCGUCAAAGCUACACUCACAUCCACUCUUGCUAGCGCACCCUCGCCACCGACCGCGCCCGGAUCCCACAAGCGGCCCGCGCCAGAAGAAGGCGAAAUCGCCGAUGGAGAGUCGGGCGGUGCGGCUUCUAUGGCACAGGCUGGGGGAAGGCCCGAUGUCUUGGCGGAUCUCAAGCAGAGAGGGACACAAGCGAAGCCGCGUCAACUGAAGCGACCGAGAGGAGCAGGGCCGAAUGCGAGUCCGGGACGAGGCGGGGGAGCUGCGGAAAGGAGGCCAAGUGAGGGAGCUGGAGCUGAAGAGACCGCGGGCGGCGCGGAUACACCGGAGACAGCGGAGGGCGAGACGAGCGGUACCGCAGAUGGGGCAGGGGCUGGUGGGUCUGGGGCGGAAGCUGGGAAUACAGAGUAG